AUGAGGGAACAGCUGAUGGGUUUCAAUGGACAACACACAGCCAACAUGACACCAGACAAGACCGAGUACCACCGGAACAAGGCAUUGGGCAACACAUGGCACAUCCCAUCGGCCAUCUGGCUCCUGCUAUUGAUGGUGAUGGACACCAUACACACACCCACCACAGCCAUUCCCAUCUCACCCAUACAGAGAGCCACGAGCGUCUGGUUGGCCACGAACACCACGUUCGGAACCAAUUGGUACAUCCGAUCGGACAACAAGUACCUCAUGCCAAAGACGCAGGAAGAAUUCGCGGAGCACAACGACCACUACGUCCGGCGGAAACUACAACAAGCCAGAGUCGACGACCAUUAUGAGUUGAUGCUUGAAGAGAUCGUACAGGAGGUCAAGACGGGGAGGAUGAACGGCGAAGCGGACACAACGCAACAUGCAUUAUGCACGACCAACCUUACCAUCACACACCAGAUCACUUCGCAGCCCUUGCCAUCCGAUCACACCAACACAACCCUGACCAGCUCUUACAUGUGUGGGGCCUAUGUCCUGCUCCACACACUGGAAGGGCCCACCCUUUGGAGCCACAACGUCCUCCUCUUCGGAUCCUCAGCCAGCGUCUGGGGAUACAACAGAUUCGGCGACGCCAUGGUGUCGGUGUCGAGGCUGAUCCUUCUUUGCCCAACCAUGCACUACGUCGACGACUAUGGUAGCACCGAGGCAUCACACCAAGCAGACUCGGGUUUUCGCUCCUUCGAGGACUUCAACGGGGCCCUGGGCUACAACAUGAAGACCAGCAAGAGGCAGCCACCAGCAUCCAGCCACAAGAUCCAAGGGGUGAUCAUCAGCACAGACACAAACCACAUCACACUGACCCCUUGCCCACAACGUGUCGAGCGCAUGUGCACGGACAUCACAGCAUGCCUCCAGAGCAACACCCUCGAACCGGACCAGGCCCGCAGAAUGGCAGGCAAGUGCAGCUUUCUCACAGGCCGCCUGUUUGGCAAAGUCGGGAGGGCUCCGCUCAAGGCCAUCUACUCCAGAGCACAUAGCAACAUAUCUCACCUUGACAAACCCACCAGGUCCGCAUUACAUGCCCUCCUAGACAUCAUCCGACAUUGCAGACCCAUGCGGAUACCCCUGCAGAUACAACACCGACAUUUCACCAUCAUCUAUACCGACGCCUACUACAUCGCAGGAGGAACCAAACUACGACCUGGAGACGAGGUUCCGGAUGGGUGGCAACCAGCCGACUACACAUCGGUCGAGAAUGGGUGGGGCGCCGUGAUCUUCCCACCAGGAAAGACAGAUCGAGCCUGGUAUUUCCAAGGCAGACUUCCCCAAGAAAUCCUUAAACAGUUCAGCUCCAACACUGCCUUUAUUUACCUCCUCGAAGCUUGGGUCGCCAUCAUUGCACCGAUAGUAUGUGAACCCAUCUUGGGCGACUUCUACAUCCAAUGUUGCGACAACGAGGCAGCGCGCCAUGCCCUCAUUAAAGGAGUAGGGCUGCGCGACGGGCAGUCCCCGCACCUCGUCGAGAAGCACACGGAGAUUGCGAGUGGCAUUUCGCGGUAUCUGGAAGGAAGCUGUUUGGCCUGGGCGGCUAUGGAGCGAAGGCGCACGGAACUCCUUUGGAGGCUUUCCAAACGAGUGAACGAGGAGCGCGGUCGCCUGGACAUUCGCGACGGCCAUCUGUUAGAUCCUCGGAAUCGCGACCCCAAUUUCUUGGCUACGGCUGAGCUCGAGACAAAUAGCUGGUUCCAGCAAAUGCUCAAAACGUCUGCAGCCUGGAAAGUAAAGUUUGGGGACCUGGAAGUGCUUCACGUUGAUGUGCAUGGGUGUCAAGAUCCGCCGAACACCCCUUCGCACCUUACGAUAGGACUAGGUGCCAUGUGCUUUCAUGCCAUCGACCAGGGCGACACUGACUCCUACCAGGACGCAAUGCGCUUUGGCCAUGCCCUCUGCCGCGAGCUCAGCGACAUUCUGGCAAAGGCUCAAGGACUUCGGCCACGGGCCGCUCUGGUGCGCCUGGCAGCUCCAGGACCAGAGGAUGAGCACUGCCCUCGCUUCUCUGGGGCCUGGCGUGGAGGUCGGCAUACGCAGUCCCAGCAGGCGAUCAUUGCAGGCUUCACUCACGCGGUGCAGCUGGAGCUGUCCAAGGCGCUGCGGGCCAUUCUGGCCUCCGACGAAACACUGCUGAAGGGCUUUGCAGCUGCCAUCAGGGCAGCCUGGGUACAAGCAAAAGCUGCAGAAGUUCAGUCCAAGCGCUUGCGUCGAACGCAGCUCACCCAGCUCACGCCAAGAUCAAGGAGUCUGCUGUGA